GCAUGGUUCAUGUCCCGAACACCAUUCUUGUUUCGGAUCCAUGUUUUAGUCAUGUUUCAAUUUUAGCUCUGCAAAUGAUGGUAGGAUUGCAGUAUCUAAUGCUUUUCUUGUGGAUUUUUUACUUCUUGUAUGUUUUUUUCUUUUCGAAAUGGAUGGAUGAGUUUCUUUGCCUUUUCAUAGCGCCUUUUUCUUUCUUCCACUGUUUCUUUAGCGUUGAAAUGCUAGAUAUGUCAAUUCAGUUUCUACUAAGGAUUCUCAAACAAUUAUUCAGAUCGUUAAUCUUCUUUUUGUGCAUCAGUGGUUUUUUUGGAUUAUCAUUUUGUAUAGAACAUGAACACAACACGCUGAGAAAAACCCAAAUCUGGGUUUGAGAGAUGAAAAAGAAGGGAGAAGAGAGAGAGAGAGAGAAAGAAUAAGAAGAAGAAGAAAGAAGAAGGAUGAGCAGGGAAAGGAAGAAGGAAAGAAGGAAGAAGAUGAAGUUUGAGAGAGAACCAAAUCCCAGAUCUGGGUUUGCAGAGUCUCGACGGUGGCCUGUGGCCAUGGCCUUUCUUCAACCUUCGUAUCUUUCUUCUCUCAACUCCACCGCUCUCUUCCCCUUCCAGAACCGUCGCAGCAACUGCCCAUUCCGGCUCUCUUUCUCUCUAAACCAAUCCAAUGACGAAGCCGCAAAGCUUGCUUUGGAGAGAGCUAAAGCGUACAAGGAGUCUCUGAAACCGAAUCAGGAUGCCAAAGUUAAGCAAAACCCAGGUUUGGAAAGGCAGAGUGAAGGUAAGGAACCAAGCAAACCUUUGACAGUUUCAAGUAUAGAUUUUAUGGGGCUUGACUUUGCGGAUAAGAGAAAGGACAGAGGACCACCACCUGGACUGGUUCCAAUUGUAGACCCUUUUCCAGAAGUCGACUUUCCUGAGGUGGAGAUUAUUGUUGGGGAUACUAGCAAGUUUAUGGAGGCUACAACAACAGACUCAGAGGCCAAGCCAAAAACGUCUGAUCCUAGGCCAAAUACAGACGAUGAUACCUAUCUAUACAAGCCAAAGGUCUCAACGUGGGGAGUAUUUCCUAGACCUGACAACAUCUCCAAGACGUUUGGUGGUGGAAGGAAUAUUCGACCUGGGGAUGUGCUGGAAACGGAAGAAGAAAGAGCUGCCAAAGAAGAGCGCACAAAACAAUUGAUUUCUGCUUACAAAAGGAAAGUCGGAUUAAGUGUUGAUCCAAAGCUAAAAGCUGAGUGUCAGAAGGUAUCUAAAUUAGAGGCCUUGCUUAAUUUUUGUUUGUUACUAGGACUACAUUUGAUGGUUUCUUAAUAUAGUUACCUGUAAAAUGGUACUCUAUUUUCCUUUCCCAACACCAGUCACCUUUCCCAGUCUGUUCCACAUGGGACCACGUACUAUAUUUUGGGUAGAUGACCUUCAAGAAUUAACAUCAUCGUAUUCUUGGAAUUAGUUUACUGUCUGGCACGAAAAUGUUUAUGCAGUUGCCAUUGUACCAGGCCAGCUAUCUGCCCCGUAGUGCCCCUAAAACAUGAGCCUACUUGUAAUCCAUUGCUCAGGACAUUGUGAAAUUUCUAAACUAUUGUUAACAACCAGUCAGACGACCGAGAUGAUGAAAGUUAAGGUUGCAAAGAUUUUGGGGUGAAGUUGUCAACUUCAACUUUGAUAUAUAACCUUUUUCUUGAAUUAGUUUCUGUAAUUACAGGCAUUGGAGGAUGGUGAUUCCUUGAUGGAUUCUGGGAUGCUUAAACAAGCUUUACCUUAUUAUGAGAAAGUAAUGGAGAAGAUGGUUUUUCAGAGUGAACUUCAUGGAUUAGCUGCUUUGCAGUGGUCUAUUUGUGUAGAUUCACUUUGCAGGUCAAAUGAGGCUAGAAAAAUGUACGAAAAACUCCAGUCUCACCCCAGUGCUGCAGUGAGUAAGAAAGCGCGGCAAUUUGUGGACAGUUUCAAGGCCAUGGAAAUGAUGAAGGUUACAGGCUCAAAUCCAUUGCUAAACACAGGCUACCAGAACUAUUUUGAUACAUAUUUGGGAGAUAAAUACAGUUUAGAAGUGGUAGAAGUGGGUGAAGUGGAGGAAGAUGCACUAAGUCAAGUCCUCACGUAUAUGAUUUUUCUUAUUUCUCCAAUUUUUAUAGUUUUAUUCAUUGCUGUACAAAAAGGAAAUAUUAAUUAGACAAAGUUCAUCACUGUAACAUACAGAGGCACAUUACUGUAGUCACCAUGUCUGUUUUAUGAUUAAUGAAUUAUUCAGGAAAAA